GAACAUUUAUUAAUAAGAAUGAAAUUGACUUUCUCGACAUUUAUAUUGCAGCUGAUGAAAUUCAAUUAGAUGAAAUUAAACAAAAAAUUGAAACAUACAUGUUUAAAAAUGCUUCAGCUUGGAAAUUUCCAGAAGACUUUACUAGAAUAUGUAAAUAUGAUAUUUUAUUCCCUAAUUUAUAUCAAAUUUCAUUAGAACAC